UUUCUCGGUGGUUAGGUCAACGUAAAAAAUAUAGUCAUUCGACAUGGCUUUAAUUUUAAAAUUGUUCUAUAAAAAAUACUUUUAUAUCAUGGACGAAAUAACAGAUCCAGUAACCGCUGACCGAUGGGUUACAUCACCCAUUUUUUUGAUAGGUUUUAUAUUUUCUUACAACCAAAUAGUGAAAAAGAUUGGUCCAAAAUUGAUGGAAAACCAAAAACCAUUCAAUAUUAGAAAUUAUAUGAUAGUGUAUAAUAUUCUACAAAUUAUAAUUAAUAUAAAAUUAAUGUACCAGUCUUAUCUCGUCGCAAGUUCCUCUCCCGAUUUAAUAUGCACUAAUAGUCCACACAUGGCGUCAACAAUAUAUACUGUCAGAAAAGAAUUCUUUGCAUUGAAAUGUCUGGACUGCGUCGAAACUGUAUUUUUCGUUCUUCGCAAGAGCUAUCGCCAGAUCAGCUUCCUCCACGUUUACCACCAUUGCGGCAUGGUUUUGCUGGGAUGGAUAGCUUUCAAGUACCAAGCUGGCGAUGCACAAAUACACGUUGCAAUAAUUAACUGUUUCAUACACGCUGUUAUGUUCGUAUACUAUCUAUUAACUAGCAUCGAUCCCGAAUGGAAGAAAAAUUUACUUAUGAAGAAAUCUUUAACUACGAUGCAAUUGAUUCAAUUUAUGAUGUUUAUAGUCAUUUACACCUACGUGAUAAUAACGAAAUGUCCGACCUUCCCCAUGCCGUUCUUUGGCUAUAUAUUCGUAACUCAGAAUACAUUCAUGUUCUGUUUGUUCUCCGAUUUUUACUACAAAGCUUACAUCAAAAGGAAAUAAGGAUAGUUGUAAGAUUUUACUUUUGGUAAUAAAAAGUCUAUUGCAUUAAUAUCAUCCAAAUUUAACUUAGAAUUGAUAAAGAGAUGUAUAGAUUAAGAUAUAGAGAUUAG